GCGUUUUAUAUGCAAGGUACGACUGUUUACUGUUUUAUUUACUUUGCUUUUACUACACGUGUUACUUUAGCCGUGAAAAUGCGUUCAUUUUGUUAAUAAUUAAAAUAAAUUAAAGGUUCUAUAAGUGUCUGACAGUUGUCGAACACAAUAAGUAUGGAUGCAAUAAGCGAAAUUAAUGAAAAAUACUCAGCGCUGGAAGCAGAGAUCGACAGAAGACUGGAAAAAAUCAAAGCUGAUGAAAAUAAAUUGCAGAAAUUAGAACAGCAGAGAACCAAAAAGACUUCAGCACAGACAAAUAAGGUACUCUCAUAUGAGGAAUCCAUUGCGAGAAACACGAACUUACUUAAGUCUUUGGAUAUUGCUAAAGCGCGUUUACGUUCUCGAGCCACUUUCUCACCAGUUGAGCAAAUACUGGAAACGGCCAUUGCAAAUUAUAAACGGGACUUGGCAGCGUCGCGACAAUUAUCGUCACGCCUCAAGCAAGUGCAAAUUAAUGAGUCGUCAUCGGGGCUAGACCCAAACAGAGCGGCUGAAGGGCAAAAGUAGCGAGAGAAGGAGGGAAUUCCGAAAAAAGCAUUGAAUAUUGAAACCAUAAAUUUAAUUACACUUUACAUAGUAACUGUGACUAAUUAAACUAUUAAAUAAAUAAAAAAUUAUUCAA